AUGAAAAAAAGCCAUGGCCUAUCUAGUGAUGAAGAUGAAACUUCACCGGAGAGGAAUACAAGAGGAAGACAUACCACGCGAAGAAGACAUACCGACACUGAUUUGGAUAACAAUGAUCCUGGACACUCAAGAUUCUCAGAGGUCGACAAUCUCAACACCUCUCUGACAUUCCCAUAUGUAAGUCAUGAAAGUGCCAGGACUACUGCGCCCUUGGAAGUGGAUGAUGCUAAGGAAUGCAGUAGUGGCCUUAACAGUUCGCCAACCUUUGGGCAACUGAAGAAAUUGUCUAAUCAGCCAAAUAAGCUCGACGAUUCCACAGAUAUAUCCCCAGAUAAUACGGAAGCAUUCAUAGGAAAUAUAAGACCAAACCCACAAAUUCAUGUUGAAAGUGCAGAUCCCAAAGUGAAACAGCUUGAAAAUUCUCGAAAACAUAGAAAGCGUAAAUAUAAAAAAAGGACAACAAGAAGAAGUCCCGGUGCAGCGACAAAUACAAUGCGGACUUACGUCAAUCCCAAUUUUCUCUCACGUACAGUCUCUGAGGUCUGUAUAUCUUCCGCAAAUUUGGCAAGUGAUGAAACAAAUGAAACAUCUCCCCUCGAAGCUUUGAAACAGGAAGAGAAUGACUCAGUUAACUCUCAGAGUUCAACAACGAACUCUCAUUUUUUAAGGCCAAAAAAUCCAGAGAGGAGAGAAAGAUCCCCAGCCGGCUCAGAACUAGAAUCGUCCGAAGAAAACAGAGCACUUGGGAUUAGGAAUCAGAUCCAACCUUGUGCGUGUUCAAAGUGUGGUAAAAGGCUAAGACCAUUUGAGGCACUUGGAAGCAGUGAUAACAGAGAGAAUGUGCAACCACCAGACCAUGAUACUGCAUAUGAAGUACAUCAGACGCAAGAAUAUACGAGGCUAAUACGCGGCUUCUUCCAAUCGGGGCUUACAAAAAGGAGUUCCUCCUAUAAUAAACAUGUGGAAGGACCAUUUCUAUGUGACCAUGACAAGCAUGGAGACCAUCGCCUUCAUCGUGGAAUGCAUGGUCGCAAGUGUUCAUGCCGAUCUCAAUCAAAAAAAUUUCGAAAACCUCCUGCGGAAAAUAAUACAAAGGCACCGAAAUUAAGUUCAGACGAAUCGCUGGAAAGGAGGCGCAGUCAGUUCAGAUCUGGCAGCCGCGAACCAAUGGAUGCCAGUAGAAAAGCUUCUGCUGAUAGCAAUCAUCGGAGCUCCAUAGACGCCAAACGUGCUAGCAGAUGCUCUUGCAGGGUAUGUAAAGGUAGAAAGGAUCGCGCUCUUUGCAACAAAAAUUCGAACGUAGAAGCCUGGUAUGGUCCUCGAAAAGUUGACUCCGAUAGAGAGCAAUACCUUUCAAAGACAGAUACCGAGAAGAGUCUAUUAAGAACUGGUGAUGCUCCGAGGGAAAGUAAGAAGUUAGUCAACUUUAGUGAAAAUUCGGAAACAUCAGACCCUGAAGAGAAAGUAUCAAGGACCUGUAAAUGUGGGCUGCUAAACACCACCAGAAAAGACUCCAAGACUUGCUCAUGCGCUAUUCCUAGACCUGUAUUGCAUAGGUCUGAUACCUCAGCCCGCGUAAAACCAUCAACAAUUUCGAAAGGAAGCUGGAUGGAGAGUAGAAGUAAUUCGGCUCAAAUAAAACCAAGCAAGUGCUCAGGAAUCACGGCAAAUAAUAGCUAUGUUAAACAAGAGCAAAUCAGAGGAACACCACCUAACAAAUGUAAAUGCAUUAAAUGUAGGAGGAGAAGUGAGUUUGUUUCUCCUCCUCCAACAUCUAGAACGGAGGAUGGGGGUAGGCGCAGCUCGGGCCAAAUUAAACCAAGUGAAAGUUCGAAAGUCAUGGUUAGCGUCGAUGUUGACACUGUGCAGGAGCAAGUUAAACGGGCACCCCCUAACAAAUGUAAAUGCGCUAAGUGUAGAGGAAGGAGUGAGCUUAGUCCUCCACCUGUAAUGGAAGACGUAAGUAGACAUAGCUCAGGUCAAACUAAACCAAUCAAGAGCUCAGCACGCAUUACAAAUGUCGAUGGUGGUACUGUUCAAAAGCAAGGUACACAGACACCCCCUAAUAAAUGUAGAUGCGCCAAAUGUAGUAGAAAAAGCGAGUUUUGCCAACCACCUAUAACAUCCCAGGUAGAAGAUGGAAGUAGACACAGCCGGGGUCAAUUAAGACCAAGCAAGGUUGCGGAACCAACCAAAAAUGUGUACACUGACAAUACACGGACCCCCUCUAUCAAAUGUAACUGCAAUAGAUGCAAACAAAAAAGUGAUACUACUCAGCCACUUUCGAAACCUCCACAAGACACGCCCAAAGGAAAAGAAUGUCUUUGCAGUUCAUGUGGACGCAAACGGAGACCUUCUUCAGAGAUGCCACCAAGUUGUACAGAAGAAUCUCCACCAAAACCGGAAACAGAACCGAAGUCUUCAGAAGAACCGAAACGUCAACAAUCUGAAUCGUCACUACCAACACCUAUUACCUCAUCGUUGCUAGCACCUAUAGUACCCCCUCCACCGACACCCGCCCAACUUACCUCAAGUGAUGAAAACGAAAUUAACCGUCCGUCAUCGACCGAAUUCCUGGAUGGGGUGAAGCCCGAACCACACACGCCAAAUUGUAUCUGUUCAAUAUGCAUCGAUAAAAGCAAGUGUGGAAUUACACCGCCUAAAAAAGACGAACCUGUACCAGUGGAAACCAAACCAUUCGACAGGACCCAAAUUCCUCAGCAUCCAAGUAAUCCAGCCGUUAUUGAACCCACGACUUCACAAUCGGAAGAGCCUUGUCCCUGUAUGCAGUGCGAAAACCGCCGACGCGAUCUUAAGUGUGAAACUUUGGAUCUAGUCCGGACAAAAAGCAAAUCAGUGAUAGGACUUUUACAAAGGCCAAGGAUACCUAGCCGUGUUCAUACUUCCAUAAAGCCUCGAGAGGAAAAAGGUAUACACACAUACGACUGCACUUGCAAAAUAUGCCAAGAACAAGAUAAACAUCCCAUCGAGGAGAAGAAGAAAAAAUGGCGCCUACCAUGGAGUUCAGCGCACCCAAUUGAGCUUAAGCCAAAACCCGAACCCGCUCAAAUCAAACCUUGGAAAGUUUCUGAAAUUUUCCGGCAUCCUAGGAUACCUGCUAAUCCACCCAAGCCAAGAGAACCUAGUGAAGUAUAUCUGCCACCGAAAAUAGAUGACAAGUGUCCUUGCGAGAAGGACAGAAUUUUAACUGAUAAAGUUGAGACCAAGCACAGCAGCAUAGCGGAUAUUUGUCGAAAACCCAGGCUAACCCCUCCAAUUGACCAAGAGCCAUCUUUCUCUCGUAUCUUCGGGGACCAUGCGAAAGACUGUAAAUGUAAAAAAUGUGAGGAUAGAGCGAAGUGCCAAAUAGACGUUGCGUGCCACAGACCUGAAUCCGUUCAGACAAAAUCUUCUGGCUUAUUAGAACUACUCCGGCAUCCACGAAUCCCCAAUGCUAUUGAUAGCGAGGAGAAAGAAGUGCCGGUAAAAACCAAGUCCAAUCCAGAAUUAAUUUCCUGGAAACGUGAGCGUGUAGACUUACAGAAGUCGACAUCAUGUCCUUGUGUAAAGUGCUCAGACGAUAAACUUCCAGAAAGCAAGGUACACUUAAAACCAGUAUCUAUUCAGAGCAUUAUCCAGCACCAUCCCAGAAUACCACAACCUAUAGAUAAUAAACGUAAAUCCUCACGUUUAGAAUCCAAGGAAGACAAACUCCGUCGUCGCCCAAGCAUGGAAAGCGUCGACAUUAAGCCAAUUGAGCACUCCCCUAAUUGCAUUUGUCAGGCAUGCACGAGCCAAUCAAACUAUGAGCCCGAACCUUCAUAUGAUUCAAGUAAAGUCACAACAUCCAGUCGUAGACCAGAGGCUCUUUGUCAACGUCCAAGGCUUCCAAUCCUGAUGGACUUUAGACCCCCAAAAAGCGUCAAACCAGAGCGUGAUUCGUGUACCUGCGAACGUGAAAUAAUAACCCAAAGCAAAAUCGUCACCAAACGCACUACCCAAGCGAAGCCAGUCAAUCGACUACCUCACAGUCAAACGCAAAACCUUAACUCAGACACUUCAAAAACCAAGGCUCUCUAG